AUGUUCCCCCCCCUCACUGAGGGGCUGCUUGGCUUCUUGGCCGGCACGCUGGAGCAGACCGCAUGGAAGGACGAGUACCUCUGCGUGAACGCAACUGCUCGCGGGGCAGUGGCGAGCGCGGCGGGGGCUCUGAAGUUCAGCGGCGCCGGGGCGGGGGCGGAGUGGCCCGUGGGGAAACUGGGGCAGAACCAGCCGUACUACUCUGCAAACAACAAGUUCGCUCUUGCGGUGACGGUGACGAUCCACGCGGUGCCGGAGGACGACGACACUCCUCUGCUGGGGGCGAGGAUGGAUGGCGCAGCCAACACUGUGCUCUUUGGCCUGUCGUACACGAAGGACAGAAAGUGGAAAACCAAACUUGAUAAUGCUGCUGCCGAGGAGCAUGCUGAGGCGUGGGCACCAGUCACGGCAGUUCAAGUGGCGCUGCAAAUGGAUUGGGACGAUUGGUCAUUGUACGUUGGUAGGCAGAGGAUUUGCGGAAAGAAGUACAGUGGCGCUCUGUUCAACUCGAACAGGAUCUCCCACUUCUUUUUCGGCAUGGACGGCACGCACACGGCUGCGGGCAGCCCCAACGUGACGGUGGCGAACGUCCUGUUGUACGCCGCGUGCUGGGCGUGGGUGAUCUGCAGCGACUGCAAC